AUGGAGGGGAGCGGUGCGAGAGAUGCAAUAAGUGGGAGUUGGCCGGAUAGUGCCACACAUCAUAAGCUGAGGACGAGGGAUGAUUGGAAACCGUUCGUGAAGAAGAAUGCUACUUCAUGCUACCACCCCGGGGGAACCUGUAAAAUGGGGAAGGCAACGGAUCCUCUCGCAGUGCUCGAUGAACGCCUCAGAGUCCGUGGUGUGAAGGGACUAAGGGUCGCCGAUACGAGCGUGAUGCCCACCCUCAACCAAGGGCAUACGCAGAUGGCAGCUUACGCAAUUGGGGAGAGAUGCGCCGAGAUUGUAAAGCAGGGGGCGUAG